AUGAGGCGCUGGAAUCUGCUGCAUUUGCUGCAGGGGCAGCAACUGAGGAAAAGAACAGCAGCAAGCCCUCCGCCACUCGGGCUGUAUGUACAGCUGCGCUGGUGCUCUGCCCCUGGGCUGGCCCCCAGCAGCAGCAGCGGCAGCAGCAGCAGCGGUACGAGCAGCAGCAGCAACGGCAACAGCAGCAGAAACAAUGGCUACGCUAGUGUGGAGCAUAGGAGCACUGCCAGCAGCAGUGGCCACAGCAUCAAUGGCAGGAGCACCAGCAACCACAGCAGCAGCAACUACAGCAGCAGCAACUACAGCAGCAGCAGCAGAUCCAGUGGCAGCAGGAGAAACACAGUGCAGCAGCAAAAUGCAGGCAGCAGUCAGGGAGACCUGAAGUUCAUAUGUCGGGCUGCCCAAGACUGCGACAUACACACGCUGCUGCUGCAGCUACAGCGGCGCUCACUGCAGCAGCAGCAGCAGCAGCAACAACAACAACAGCAAGAGCCCCAUGUUGACGCUGCUGCUCCACAGUGGAGCGAUGAGGCGCAGCUGCAGCAGCAGAGUGAAGGAGCUGUAGCCAGUGGCAGGGCAGCAGCAGCAAGCGGGUUAUCAGCCGCUGCUGACGCCCCUGCUGCUGCUGCUGUUGCUGCUGCUGCAGAGAGUGGCAGCAAGUCAGAGCUCGUUAGCCGUGCGAUAUCUCGCGUGCUGCAGCGCAGCUGUGCAGCAGCAGCAGCAGCAGCAGCAGCAGCAGAAAUUGCAUUCCUGCUUGGCUGCUAUGGGCGCCCUUGCUGCAGGGAUGCGUGGAUGCUGCUGCAGCAGCAGGCGCUGCUGCUGCUGCAGCAGGGAGACUUUAGCAGUGCAGCAAAAAUCUGCCACGGCUAUUUAAACUUGGUGUUCGUACACCGCAAGCCCCCUGCUGCAGCAGCAGCAGGUGCUGCAGCAGCAGGUGCUGCAGGGGCAGGUGGUGCACCGGGUUCUGCAGCAGCAGAUGCUGCAGCAGCAGGUGCUGCGGCAGCAGGCGCUGCAUCAAGUGUUGCAGCUGCAGGCGCUACACCAAGUGCUGCAGCAGCAGGUGCUGCAGCAGCAGGUGCUGCAGCAGCAGGUGAUGCUACACCAGAAAGCCCUGAACAGAAGCUGCACUGGGAAGCAGACGAAGAGGAAGCAGCAGCAGCAGCGGCAGCAGAAAACGAUCUAUCGCUGCGCCCUCCCUUAGCAGCAGCAGCAGCAGCAGCCCCACAGGGUGACCACCAGCAGGCUGCAGCUGCACUGUUUCUGCAGCUGCAGCAGCACGUAAGGCGUAAGGCGGCUGUCACUGCAGCAGCAGAGGCAGCAGCAGCAGCAACCGCCUCUCCAGCAGCAGCAGCAGCAGCUGCAGCGGCUCCGGCGCAUGCAGCAGGGGCACCCGCAGUGGCAUCUGCAGCGCUAAAGGUGGCAUUAGAAACAGAAGCACCAGCAGCAGCAGAAGCAGCAGCGACAGAAGCAGCAGCUGCGGCAGGCCAAUCAGAAGCAGCAGCUACAGCAGGCUCAGCAGCAGCGCCAGAUCCAGCAGCAGCGGGAGCAGCGGCAACAGCUGCAGCAGACUCUGCAGCAGCAGCAGAUCCAGCAGCAGCGGCAGCAGCUGCAUUAGACUCAGCAGCAGCACCAGAUCCAGCGGCAGCAGCAGCACCGGCUGCUGCUGCUGCUGCUGCUGCUGCUGCUCGUCUCACGUGGGACGAAGCUGUUUGGUACUUAAAGCUGGUCAGCCGUUUUCGGUGUCUGCAGGACUUUAAAUUGACACAGCAAAUUUGCUGCUGGCUGACGCAGACAAUGCAUGCGCUGCAGCAGCAGCAGCAGCAGCAGGGUUCGCUGCUGUUGUCUACGGCUCUGCUACAUCCUCGGCGGCACGUGGUGCUGCCACUGGUGAGCCCGCAGCAGCAGCAGCAACUGCUGCUGUUGUUGCAGCAGCGGCAGAUCGAGGGCCCGGAACAGGCGCAGCAGCUGGCGCAGCAGCAGCAGCAGCAGCAGCUGCUGCAGCUGCAGCUGCUGCCACAGCAGCAGCAAAAGGUUGCGCUGGAUGCCGCAGCACUUAUUCGGUGCCUCUCUGAAUGCCUUCACGUUGAUCCCCCACUGCUGUCUGCUGCUAGUUUGCUGCUGCAGCAGUGGGCCCCGUUGCUGCCUGCUGCUGCUUGCUGCAGCAGCCUCUACCACCUUGCGCUGCUGGGGCACAGCGAGCCUGCUGCUGCUGCAGCAAUAGCAGCACAUCUCGUCAGCAGCAAGCAGCUUGCUGCUGUUCCCCUGCAGCAAAUGUCGUAUUUGCUGCUCGCGUUGCAGCGGCUAAGGCUAAAAGACGAAGUGCUGCUAGCAGCCUGCUGCGGCAGUCUGCUUCAGAGAGUGGCGCGACUGCAGCAGCAACUACUGCUGCUGCCGCCGCAGCAGCAGCAGCAGCAAAGCCGCCACAUCAUCACUGUAUUCCACUGCCUGACAGUGGGGGGCGCAUGCAACGUUUUACUGCUGCCGGAGCUGCUGCCACUGCUGCAGCAAGCAGCAGCAGCAGCAGCAGCAGAAUCUGCUGUACUGGCUUGGCACGGCGUUGUUGCUAUGGGGGCCUGGGUAGGCCCUUUGAGGGCCAUAGUCAAGCAGCGGGUCCUCACGCAGCUGCAGCAGCAGCAGCAGCAGCAGCAGCAGCAGUUGCUGCUGCUGCAGCUGACCGGUUCGGCUUUGCUCAGCGCCUUGACUCUUUGCUACCACCACUUAGGGUUUUAUGACGCGCCGCUGCUUCUGCGAAUCGCUGCAGCGGUAGGCCGUGAGCUGCAGCAGCAGCAGCAGCAGCCGCAACAGCAGCAGCAGCUGCUGCAGCAGCAGAAGCGUGCAGCCAUUGCUGCUUCGUUUAUCUGGCGGGCUCUCUACGGCAUACAACAUCUCGCAGUCACACCAAGGGAUUUCCCCGAGCAGCAGCAGCAGCAGCAGCAGCAGCAGUCUUCCUCAGCGAAAGCAGCAAGAGUGACAGCAGCAGCAGCAGCAACAGCAGCAGCAGCAACAACAGCAGCAGCAGCAAGAAGCCCUGCAGCGAAAUGUCUGUUUUUGUUUCUCAUAGAGGCAGCAGCUGCCCGUGGGUGCUGCACUCGCCUUGGCUGA